AUGCAGAACUUCAAAUUCGAUGAGGCACCAGGAACCGAUCUCUCCCCACUGAAGAACUCGCUUUGCCUCGACUGCUGGGAGACCAUGGUUCGCAAUUUUGGCACACAUGAUAUCAGCCACUACUGGGAAGAGCCGAGUGAGAGUAUGUUUGCCAAUUCCAGUGCGGUUGAUCCGAAGAACUGCGAUCACUGCCGACUGAUGCGAGAAGCGACCCGAGCAUUCUGGGAUGCCCAGCCUUCGCACGGAUCAGAUAUUCGCUCUGAGGGGGACGAGCAAUGCGUCGACGGGUACACGAUCAUCAGGGCCACUGUUGUGGAUUCCGAGGAAACACAGCCAGAAGCGCUUUGCCUCGAGGUCUCAGCACCAUCAGGGGUGGCACUGCCGUGGCCCGGAUACAAGCAGGCAACAGCAAUCGCCGGCCACGCGAACAGUGUCGAGUGCUUUGAGAAGAUCAAUGCAUGGGUCGAGGAAUGCUCCGCGAAUCACCCAGCCUGCGUUCCCAUUUCCCGCGAAGGACCGAAAAGUUUGAUUGACACGGGGCCUCUUUGCGAAGAUGCCUUUGUGAGACUGGUCGACUGGCCGGGCAGUGAUUCUGAGUCUGUCAAAUAUUGUGCACUGAGCUACAGCUGGGGCACCGACCAGCAAUGGCACUUCACCACCACGCGGGAGACCGAGAAGCUUCGGAGACAGCACAUUCCCAUGGAGCAGCUUCCACCGACGCUGCAAGACGCAGUCACAAUUACACGCGGCGUCGGCUGUCGAUAUCUGUGGGAAUUGGUACAGGUCGACGCAAUCUGCAUUAUACAACGCGACCAAUCGGACUGGGAGUCUGAAUCCCCCCGCAUGUCCGCCAUCUAUGGGAACGCCUUUCUCGUGCUGGCCGCCACAGAGGCGACCUCACCAGGCGACGACAUCUUCGCCGCGCGACCGCCCGUCGCCCAGUUCGACUUCCAUAGCGGCGAGAUAUCCUACCCGGUAAGCGUGCGGCAGCGCGACGACCACAGCGCCUGGCGCCAGCGUUACCGAGUCGUCUCAUCGCAGACCGUCCCGCGCCUGCCCGUGCUGCGCAGCCGCGCCUGGGCCUUCCAGGAGCGCAUCCUGGCGUCCCGCAUCGUCCACUUCACCGCGACGGAGCUGGUGUGGGAGUGCAACACGCACUGCCGCUGCGAGUGCUCCGAGCUGGAGGGCAAGGCGCCGCAGAACAAGUUCGGUGCGGGCCAGAGCCUGAAGAGCUUCUUCGCGCGAGAGCUGGCGGGACACGGGGCGUGGGAGACCGUCGUCGAGCACUACAGCGUGAGGCAGCUGACCGUGGCGACGGAUCUGCUCCCCGCCCUCUCGGGGCUCGCGAGGCGCCUGGCUUCGCCGGAGUUGGGGACAUAUCUAGCUGGAGUAUGGUCGUCGCAGCUCCCGGAUGCAUUGCUGUGGUAUACAUUUGGUGACGAGAGAUCCGGGGCAUACCGGGCGCCAUCGUGGUCGUGGGCGGCGCGCAAAGGCGAGGUACGGAUCCAUGGAGACAUGGGCUUCCACUACGGCAACAUGUGUGCGGAAGUCGUUGCCGCCGAGUGUCACCCAGCGGGUGAUAAUCCGUAUGGGGCGGUGACCGAUGGGUACAUAGUCUUGAGAGGUGAGUUCAAACCCUUCAAUGGGCCUCAAAAUCAGGGAGACUGUAAAACCUGGGCUCUAAGGGUGCGAGAGAGUCAGGCCAUUCUGCUGGAGAAAUCACAGAGGGUCGAGGGGGCUUGGGAGAUGGUCGGUAAUAGUGACUAUAAGGAGGGCAUCUUUAAUGGUGGAGGGAUAAGCACUGUCAAGAUUGUAUGA